GCUUGCGGUUUACGGAGAAAAAUGAUCAGAUGGUAAAUAGCGAUAUGCCCAGCCUUCGGCGAAAAGAUUGGCGUGUGUACAAGCAGAUAUCUUCCUUUGAUGGGCUGAAGUCGAGGACUACCAACUGAUUGGGAAGCUAGUCAGUCAGUGACCCAGGGCAGCGUUGCAACCAUGGUUUCUGCAAACGAAGCUGUGCGCAUUCAUUUCUACACACCUCGCGAUCCCUUGGUGAUUCCUAACAAUGGUGGAGUGCACAUUGCUGAAGACUUGUGUGUCCUAGCGGCCAAAACAUGCGGUAUCAGUCCCGUAACGUGCCAGCUUUUCGGUCUGUACUGCUCGGACCUGGACAUAUGGUUUGCACCGUCGGCGGCCGUGAAAGACAAAGACAAAACAGUGAAUGUUCAUUUCCGCCUGCGUUUCAAGCCUCCCAACAUGGACAGGAUCAGAGAGGAUGAAGCAGUGCUCAACUACCUGUACCAUCAGAUGCGACAAGACUUUGUGUGUGGUCGUGUACCCGAGCUGCAUCAGAGCAAAGUGCAGAGCCGAACUCUGGGCCUGGUGAUUACAGACGUGGUGCGCCAUCUCAUCGAGCUGGGACAGACCCCUCAGCAAGGCAGUUACAGUUUCAGUGACUUUAUGCCUUCAGUUCUUGUCGGACCGUGGAAAAUGCGUGUGCUCAAGACCAGAAUGACCACUGCCCUCAAUGAAUGCUGGCAGAACAGUCGGCAAAAUGCUCAACGUGUCAAGGAGAUCUACGUAAAUGAAUUCAGAAGCAUAGUACCUGAUUAUGUGUGCGAGCAGUUUGCUUCUCAAGUAGACACUGAUGGUCGGGUGUGGGAGGUAAUCCUGCAGGUCAACCCAUACCAUCCACAGCUACCGGGUCUACGUAUGCGCCCAAGGGGACCCAAGGAAAACAUAACAUGGACACAAAUCUGCUCCAUCAGUGAUCUUUGCUUCGUGAACAUGGUUCCAUCUAACUGCACAGUUGAAAUCAGCCGUCGGAAUGGCAUACCUCAGAACCUCAAGUUUGACAGCAUCAGCCAGAUGCACUCCUUUGUCUCUCUUCUGGAUGGCUAUUAUCGGUUAACGGAGAAGUGGACAGUGAAUUUGUGCAUUAAUCUGCCAACACCGUCACUGACCAUGCUUCGAGCAAUGAGAUGCCAUGGACCAGUGGGGGCCAAGUUUGCCUACCAGAAGCUGCAGGAGAAAGGUGGGCACGAAGCAGGCUGGUACCUGAUUCGGCAGAGCUCGUCCAUCUACCACGAGUAUCGGCUGGACUUUCUGGGAAAGAACGCGGUGCCGGAGACGCUGCGCAUUGUGCAGCUUGAGGACGGUCGCUUCGCACUGGACGAAGCGGCACCGGAAGAGGGCAUUUAUCCGACACUGGCAAAGCUGAUCAGUGAGGCUAUUCGACCUACCCUCGAUGUAGAGCUGGGAUACUGUGUACCUCCAUCUGAAUAUGACAAAACGCAGUUGCUGUUAUGCCGUCCACCAUCCCUUGACGUGGAAAAGUCUUCUCUGAAGCGAGAGCCACGUGAGUGCAUCCACUCAGGGGCACUGACGUUCACGGAGAAUCGCAAGGAUGAGCUGCCUGGCAAGUUCACUGUGGUGCGGCGGGCGUUCCUGCAUCGGGAACGAAAUCAGUAUCGAGAGGUUGCUGUCAAAGCCCUGAAGCCCCACCUGGAAGAUAGCCAUCUCAAGGAGUUCAUGGUGCAGUGUGACCGGAUGCUGUUCUGGCAGUGUGAAGCCAUUGUGAGCUCUGUUGGCAUGGUGCACUCGGGAAGUUUUGGCCUGGUGUGCGAGUUCCUGCCUCUGGGCUCCCUGGAUGCCUAUCUCCAUCAGCACAGGUUGCAACUUCAAGCUGUUGACUUGGUUGAAGCGGCCAAAGGGCUGGCGCGUGCCCUCUGGUACCUGGAAGAGCAAGGCUGCGUUCAUGGCAAGAUCAGGUGCCGAAACAUUCUAGUCUCCCAGCACGAAGCCAAUGCAUUCUAUGUCAAGCUUUCAGACCCGGGACUGCUUGUCUACAUGAAUGAGGACAUACAUUGGAUCCCACCAGAGUUCUACUACAACCUUAACAUGGCCAAAUCAUCCAUCAAGGCCGAUACUUGGGCUUUUGGAACGACCCUGUGGGAGAUAUUCAGCUAUGGGGAGCCACCAAUGGCGGGAGUCCCUAUCACUGAGGCAACAAGGAGGUACAGGGAAGGGGAGAGAUUGCCUAUUCCAGCUGACAUGCAUGAGGGGAUCCGCCUGCUGCUGCAAGAGUGCUGGUCAUUGGACCCAGACAGCCGGCCUCAGCCACAGACUGUCAUGCGAGACAUCAACCAAAUAUUUUACGAGGUGUACAACUCCAGGCGGAGUCACUCGUAUGCCUCGGUCUACCCUCAGGCCUCUUCGCCGACCGGGCUGUCCGCAGACUCUGCAAGUCCCAUGCUGGGAAAAGCGGCGUCGCCAUCAUUUGCAUCUGCAGAGGCGAAUCGGAGACCAGAAACAAUUAGGCAGCAUCACGCUCCCAUUGGAAUGUCUGCCACCUCAACGAACGAAGCUCUGUCGCAGAGGCGUGGAUUCAAGUGGGGAAAGAAUCGUUUCCGCUUGCACACAUCGGAAGUCAGUUAUGACAACCUUUCGAGCUGUUCGACUUCGACAGUUCAGUCUGAAGCGACACUCCAGUCCGACCUAGGAACGUGCAUCGAUGUAGAAAGCCUGGUCAGCUUGGAAGAGAAUGCAGACAACAUUAUCUCAUUUGGCAACACAUCACCCCUGGCUGAAGUGUCUGGUUCACCAUGGGUCAUUGACAGUCAGCAACUGAUAAAAGGAAAACCACUUGGACAGGGUUUUUUUGGGGAGGUGUAUGCAGCUUCCCUAAAAAAAUGGGCCGGCCUACAAGAGGAGACGGUGGCAGUCAAAUGCAUGCGCAAGACGUCCCUGCUCGAGUCCUUUCAGAGCGAGUCGGGGCUACGUGACCUGCAACGAGAAAUAGAGAUUAUGAAGAGCCUCAGGCACCCCAACAUUGUUGAAAUAAAGGGCCUCGUUGAAGAGCCCGAGGUGAUGCUGGUCAUGGAGUUCCUGGAGAUGGGCUCCCUGCUGACAUACCUACAGACGUAUCGCGACAAGGUGACUCAUCCACAGCUCAUCAAGUACAGUGAAGACAUUGCUAAUGGCAUGCAGUACCUGGAGGAGAAGCGCAUUGUGCACCGGGAUUUGGCUGCACGGAACAUCCUGGUGGCCUCUAAAGAUCAGGUCAAGAUCAGCGACUUUGGCCUUGCCCAGUUCACGGACAGCCAGUACUACUACUACAUCCGUACCAAGAACCGCAAGCUGCCCAUGAAAUGGUAUGCCCCCGAGAGCAUCCUUUACGGCAAGUUCUCGACCAAGUCGGACGUGUGGAGCUACGGUGUGACACUGUGGGAAAUGUUUUCCUACGGUGAGGAUCCUGUCAUACAGGGGGUCACCCAGGAGAACUUGGGCAACGAGCUGCUCCAGGGUAAGCGACUGGCUUGCCCCACUGACUGCCCGGCCGACCUCUACCAGCUGAUGCUCCUCUGCUGGGCAAAUGAUGCCCACAAGCGGCCCGAAUUCAGAAAGAUUAAGGACAUGGUACACAGUCUGUGAUCCUUCUCGUCCUUGUCUUCUCCCUCUCUCUCUCUUUUGUCACUCUGAAAGAACCAGGUCCGCUAUUUUGGAUUGAUGCCUCCUCAAUUUUACGCUCGUCUUAUCACCCAUGGCCUGUAGUUGGCCGAUCCCGUUGAUAACGGGGCUACACCGUUGCUCUGGCUGCUGACGUAUAGUGAAAAGCAUGGAAGGCAUUAGCUUUGAAGAAGGGCAUCACUACAAAAUUGUGGUUCAGGUUGAUGAACAAGGAUGUGGAAUGGGGCUGGUUAUUGGUACUGCCAGUUUAAAUUGAAAUGUGAAAAUCACAAAGAGCGCCUUCGAAUAUGUGACCGUCUGAAAAUGCACUGAGGAGAUGUUCUACUGUGUCAAUAAGUUUCAGUGAUAUCUCUAUCAAGAGGCAUCAGUUGCUAAGCCAAAGAAAGACGAUGUAAUGAACAAGGUGACACAUCUGUGAUCAGUAUUAUUUUCACGCCGUGUUGUCAUUGAAUGCAUUUGAUGGGAUGUCUGCCACUCCAGCGAGAACUUACUCUGCUUGUUAUGCCAUGCAACUGCAAACGUAUCCCUGAAAUUGACUGACACGGGACAUAGUGCCAGUUGCUAAGCAUGCAAUGGCUUCGAAGCGUUGCUUCUAAGCCUGCAUGUGUCAUGCAGGUUUCACAGAAACGGGCAGACAUAGAAGUGUGAAGUCACAUUAGGCAGUGUCACAAGUGGUUCACAUUUCAAUGUACCUGUGUGUGUUGAAAGAAUAUGGUACAAAUUCUGAAUGGAUUUUCCCACAGAGUUUUAGGGUCAGUGCCUGCACUGCCUUGUGCUCACUUUGUUCUUUCUCUGGAAGGGCUCUACCCCUAGGGGUGGAAUAGCACUCUCAUUAUUGAUUGAUAGAGUGCGGAAGCCAGUUACUAUCUUUGUUUCUUUGUAUAUUCACUUUCUUUGCUUCAUGUUCUUUUUUUUCUCUGUCGAGUUCUUUUUGAGUGUUGCUCAACAUGCAGGGCAAGGUUCCUUUGCCUUCCAAAUGCGGGAGGA